AGGUAUUCUGUGCAUCGACAAAGAUACAAAUCAAUCGUACUUUCAUUUUGUAUUUAGACAUGGGUAAUGCCUUAUAAAAACAACAGCUAAUGGUAUAAAUUUUAUCAAUAUCUGUAUGAAAGGUAUAUAUAAAUAAGUUAUUCAGAAAGUGCUCUGAUAUACAUUCGUAUGUCUUUCAUGCGUCAAUUAUACCGGUACAUCAAUAUAUGUUACGGACACUCAAUACCAACAAGGGUAUUCUGAAUGAUAAACAUUAACACCGAAUAGUGUUGAAAUUAAACCUAAAAAGAAGUUGAAAAUUUGCGGGAAAUUAACAAAUCGCAUAACUCAGCAAUGUUGUUCAAAUAAAAGUAUACUAACAUUAUUUCAGUAAUAAUCUAAAGAUAACAAAAACAUUAUACCGGAAAAAAGAACACCAUGGAACAAGUAAAAAAAGUAACUGUAGGCGUCGUUGGUGACUCCGGCGUCGGCAAGACGUUACUGUGUCUUUCGUUCACAUCGAAUUACAAGCUCACAGACUACAGGCCGACAGUGCUCGAUCACCACUUGACAUCGUUGAAACACGAUGAUUUGAUUGUUGAUUUGCAUGUAUGGGAUAAUUCCGGUUCGGAUAAGUACAACACCCUGCGGCCCCUCUCCUACACCCACACGGACGUGUUCUUGGUGUGUUUCUCCCUAAAGUCGCUCCAGUCACUUGAGCACGUGCGCUCCGUGUGGCUCCCGGAAAUAGAGAACGCCGUGGGGAAGCGACCCUUCAUUCUCGUCGGAUGUAAACGAGACCCCGCUUCAGACGGUUUUAUGUACAGAAGAGUGACGCUGGAUGUGCUCACGGACGAGGGCGAGGAGAUGGCGCAAGAGCUCGGUGCGGUCAACUACGUGGAGACAAGCGCUAUCGAAAAGUGGGGUUUAACGACGUGCUUUCAUUCAGCCGUCCAGGCAGCCCUAUAAGACCAGCGGACAACCAAUUAGGCAGUUGGCAUGCAGAAAUAACAUAUACGCACAAAAUCCAUCACUACGGUAGCA